AACCUUUGCAAACACUUUUGUGUAAAGUUUGUUUAUUAUUUUAAUUAAAUAAAUGUAAACAGAAAUGGAAACCUGUGGACUUAUUAUGAGCAGAGGUCAAGACCUCGAAAGUUUCCUAAUUCGAUGUUCAUAUUGUACAUUUGACAUGGAGAUCGACCAAUGGGCCUUAUUUGUGUUACACUUUCGGAAUUCGCAUGCAUUCAAUAUUAAGGACAAUGCGAGCAUAUUGGAAACAGUAGAAGUUGCUGACGAUGAAAGCUCUAUCAAAGAAGAAUUCUUAGAUGUUCCUUUGGAUGAAGAAGAAGUCGAAACUGAACUUAAAGAUUUGUUGAAUGUUCCUCUUGAUGAAGAAGAAGUGGAAACUCAAGUUAAGGCACCGUCAGAAGCAGAUCAUUCCAGAGCCUCAUCGUCAUUAUCGGAUACAAGUUUGAGCGAAAACGAAUCAGCUGAAACUGAAUCCAAUGAUCAAUCAGAAGAGGAAGGCAAUCAGGAGAUAUCUUCGAAUUUGCCUGCAUUUAAGUUUAAUCCCAAGUUCUUUCAACGGGAUCCGCGCACAUUGCAAUUUAUAGAGUCGUAUAAGAAUCAACCUUGUCUCUGGAAUCCUGAAUACAGCAAGUAUAAAGAUCCAACUGCAUGUAAGGCGGCAUAUAAUCAACUCAUAACGGAGCUGGAAACCAAGAUAUCCGUUAUGUUCUCAGAACGUUCUCUUAAAACGGCCAUCAGGAAGUUACACAUCCAAUAUAAUAAUCUGGAGAAGCGUGUUGUCAACGGAAGUCAAAAGCCGAAUUCAGUUGCUUUUAAUCACUAUACAAGUUGUAGCUUUUUAAAAGUCAGUAAAGAUCAAACGAAUAGCUCUAAAUCUGGACUUAUUCAGUUGAACUUUUCGAAAAGGAAUAAGCUUACCACAGACUUUAUACACCUGUAUGCCAAAUUUCCGGAACUUUACGACAAUAAGCACACGGAUUUCUCAAAGAUGAUCGUCCGUAAAGAGGCAUAUGAUCAAAUGACUGCCGAAACUAUAGUGAAUCAUGGGGAUAUAAACAGCGAUGAUAUCUACCUCGCUGUACAGAGUCUUCGUCAAUGGUAUUAUAGGCGCUCAAAGAAUGAUAUAAAAUCAGCCAAUGAGUCGGAAAAGUUUUAUUUUAAGGAAUGCAAGUUUUUACCACCCAAAAUGUUUAAACAGAAGAUGAACUGCGAAAUUUGCCAGCAGGAAAUAUUAUCCGAUCACGUGCUGCAAGUACAUAUGUACAAGGCUCAUAAUAUUGGGGAUCUGCCCUUCAAGUGCUCCUUAUGUGAUCGCAGCUUUGUCGGACGACCUGGCCUGACCACGCAUGUGGAACGGGCUCAUAUUGGAAAGACACUUAAAUGCAAUUACUGCGAGAAAACAUUUGCUGUAAAAUCAGAUCUACGUUUGCAUAUACGUACUCAUACCGGUAAUAAUAUACUUUGUGAGUUGUGCGGCAAGGCCUUUAGGUUGAGAUCACAAUUGAAGAUGCAUGUCACCGCAAUACAUACCAAGAUAAGAGCAUUUAAGUGUACCAUGUGUCCAAAAGAUUUUGUUAGAAAGGUCCAUCUCGACGAUCACAUCAAAAGUCAUUUGAAUAUACGUGAUAAGAUAUGUUCAACGUGUGGUAAAGGAUUCACUAGUUGCCACUCGCUCAUUAGACACCGGCAAAUACACUCUGAAGUUAAGAAAUUUGUUUGUAAACUUUGUGAUUCCAGAUUCUCUCAGUUUGUCGGUCUAAACUCGCAUAUGAAACGCACGCACAACAUUGUACGGAAUAGUGCACAAAUACCGACUGAAAAUAUAGUAGUUACAGAGCAAUUGAUUGAUUAAAAUGUUAUAUAUUUAAUAAACUUUGGCAACUUAAUUG